ACCUGUGCCUUUAAGAGAUGCCGCCCACUCUAAUCAUUUCCUGUCCCCUCCAGUCAUCAUUUGACUCACGCCUGAGGUGUUCAGUUGCUGCUUGCUCAUCACUUCAGAAAAGAAAAGUCCGGUCUCACAAACACAAAUGUUUGUAUGCUACAGAAAUCAAUCAGUAAAAAUUAACGUUAAGUAAAGAUGUCUGCUUUAUUUCUUUAUUUAAAUGCAAACAUGAUGCAUGUAUCAAAUGGCUUUUAAUAAACCGCUUUAUCUCCGAUGAUGACAGAUAAACUUGUGAACUGCUGGAGGAAGUGUGAGUAGAGGGCAAGUUGCACCAGGAAGUGGAUUAAAUGCUAAAUUGGCCUCACACACUACUAUGACAGAUGUAGGAGGUGGUGUGUACGCACACUUUGGCCUGGCACCUUAAAGGUUACACGUUUAUAUUUCCUCCUAUUGAGAGACAGCAGCAAGACACUAAUUACUAGUGCUUCCAUGUUGCCAAUGCUCAUUUCAGAUUUACUAUAAGCAUGAAUAUAUUCAGCAGAGGUGGUCUUUAGUAAGUACUCUGGAUCACAGUUGUGCACAACAUGGCCUCUUUCUACUGUAAAACAUGGUGGUGUUGAUAUUUGCAUGUGCCUUUUUCACAGCAGCAGUUCAUGCUUAUUUUUAAAAGCACUAAUGGAUGAUGAACUGCCUUAAAAUAGGAAACACACCAGCAGUGAGAUUUUCUUUUCAAAGGUUAGCAGGUGUGCAUCUAAUGCGUGACACACAAAAAUAACCUAAGUAAAUUACUGAGCUCAACUCAAGUGUGUUCUUAAACGUUGAAGUGCUGUGGAAUAAGAUGCACAUUGCAAAAUAAAGAAAAGAAAAGUCAUUAUGGCAAAAAUAUCUCAUUGUUUAUGCAGAGUUCUCAGUAAUGCAUCAAGACCACACAAAUGCACAGUCCGUCCCUUUUUCUCCGUCUCUGUGUGUAAAAGUCGGUUGCUGACUUAACUAGGUCACCUCAGUUUUCCCAAUGAGCAUUUUAACAUGUUGUGUAAUGGCUUAUAGGCGGUUAGAGUUGUGUGUGAGCAGCAUCAGCAGGCUUGCGUUGCCAUCUGUAGUAAAUAUAUGUAACAAGUCGGGGCAGAGAGAAAACAUUUUCCACUUCUGAAUUGCAUCUCAAAUUAAAGAACAAGUCACCCCCUACCAGAUUCUUACUCAACUCCCACUUCCUAUUUGAAAAAUGCAACAAAUGCUGUUGCCUAGCAGACCGUGAGGGCGGAGCCGCUAACAAAUACACACACACACACACGGGCUCAACCACAUUGUGGCACCAUAUGGUACCAGCUAACGUUCUAGGGUACCUUUUAGCCAAUAGCGAUGGCAGAUUUAAAUUCAAAUGCAGUGCUGAGUUUUUACCUGACAACGGCACAACACUGACAGUUUUAGGCAGAAUAUUGAAAUGUUAACUAAAAUGCACUAAAGUGCAAAAUUAUUGACUGCAAGUGUCUGCAGCACGAUUAGACACGCAUUUAUAUAGUUUAUCAGGGGAAAAAAGUUGAUUUGGGGUGACUUGCUCUUUAGGCGUGUCAAUGUUUAAAUUCGGAUGAGCAGAUUCACAGCUCAUAUUUAGUGUUCAUAAUUGUCUGCCAAUUCCUGACCUGAAUUUGUGCUCAGAUGUAUCAGUUUUUAAAAGAAAAUUCUUUAAUUUCAAUAAAUAAGAAGCAUAAACACAGUCAAAACAUCUACAGCACUUGUAUAAUAAAGAUUGAGCACAAACAUGGUAGAUUAUUGGACUAAAUAAUGGAUUAUUUUAUGACAUUUCAGGAAUAGCUCAAACUCUGGAAAAAUAUUGUCCACACGUUAUAUCAAUCGUUUUUGUUUUAAUUGUUUAAUUUGUCAUAAAAACAUGUUUAUCUUUUGAAAGUUCAUUCCAAAUUUUACAUCAAGUGUUAUUUACAAUAAUUGUUUAUUGUCACUCCUUGGAGAUAAUCAAUGGGAAGCAAAAAAAUAUUCAGGGCCACGAGAAAUUUGGUUUAGCUACAUUGUUUAUUAUAAUUUUUCUAAUGCUAACCGUGUUCUAUUCUUGUAUUUCAAAAACAUUUUAAAACGCUGUUUGUUUAUGCUGCUUAAGCCCCGCCUCUAAUGUACUCUACAUGCCAUUCAAGUCUUAGCACCGCCCAUCUGUCAAUCAAACCCAGACCCCGCCCCCGUCACUGCUCGCGGAAAAAAAAAGCAGCAGCGCGGCCGUUGGGGAAGAGAGUAAAUAGAGGGAGAAGCCUCAAGAUGGCUGACUCGCUGGGCUCUGUUCAUCUCUCUGGAGCUGCUGCUGCUGCGGUUGCCUCAGUCAAAAGCGCGCUCGGUAAGCCGACGGAGGCGAAGGAAGCCCCGGACCGCUCGCAAUAUUCCCGAGAUUUCAGCCCGCCGCCACCCAAGAAGGUCCGAAUAGAGGAGAAGAGCGUCAAACCCAAGAAACUCGGUACGGACGGAGGUGUGGGAAGCUAUAGCGGGAAAGUCCAACACGCGAAGCAGCAGAGUUUGUGGAGCUUCAGCCCUGUUAAGACUAACAGCAGCGACCCCCCGGUGCCUGCUACCGGUGGAGCCCAUCCACCGACAAGCGCACACAAAGUCUUUAAACAGAGCGAUUUUUUCCUCCACAAGGCGCCUUCCUCGAAACCCAAGAGUAAAGACACGCAGAGAGAGAAGGGGAAGGGAGGCGGGGAGGAGAAAAAGAAACAUAAACUGUUGUUGACCUCUGGACCCGGGAGCAACAUUAACAAUAUCGGUGGAUUUAACAACAUUUCUGCAGUGAAAAGAGAAAAUGGAGAUGUCACGUUACCACCCCAAGAACAAUCCACCAAGGACAAGGCAAAGGAGCGGGAGAAGAAGAAGAAGGUCAAGGAACGAGAGAAGGAAAAGGAGAAGAAAAAGCACAAAGUGAUGAAUGAGAUCACGAGGGAGAACGGAGAAGUCAAGCAGCCGAUUAAAGAGGAAAAGGAGAAGGCAAAGAUCAACUCGGAGGAACUGCAAAUCAAAAAAGUGAAGAAAAAGAAGAAGAAAAAACACAAAGAGGGAGAAAAGCACAAGAGAGUGAAGCUGUACCAUCGCUCCUGCCAAACCGUCUGUGCUGGCCUGCUUCCGUCUACCAACUCUUCCUCUGAACUAACAAACAACUCCUCCUCAGCAGUUUUUAAGUCCCCUCCACCUUUUCAUCUUGCACCUAACAACAAAACGUCCCACCUCAGGCCCUCCUCUCCGUCUCCUGCCUCUAAACCCUUUGGUAACUCAUCAACGAGCCCCUUCCCAACUAAACAGAACUUGCAGUAUUUCUACCCGGGAAUGGCGGGGCUGGAGUUUGCGCCAUACAUUUAUAUAGAAAACCAACCUAACGGAGGAGCUCUGGUUGCCCAUGCAUAUGCAUCCCAGCUUUCCUCUCUCUCCACGGAUCAGAAGCAGAGAUUUGCCCAAGAGUUUGUCACUUUAUCGUUCAGUGAAGACAAAUCCAAGGCAGCUCAUUAUGUUAUGGGAAUUGUUCACGGAGAAGCAAAGUACCUUCCAGACUUUUUGGACUACUUCUCAACCAAGUUCCCUUCAGCUCCAGUCAAAAUGGAAAUGCUGGGAAAGAAGGAUAUAGAAACCACCACCAUGGCUAAUUUCUAUUCACAGGUGAAGAGAACUUACAGUCACGGCACGUACAGAGCUGGGGCAAUGAGACAGGUCAGCCUGGUCGGAGCUGUUGAUGAGGAGGUGGGGGAUUAUUUCCCAGAAUUCCUCGGUUUGCUGGAGGAGUCCCCCUUCCUGAAGCAAACUCUUCCCUGGGGAACAAUAUCCAGUCUGAGAGACAUGAGUCCCACGGAGAGCGACGACGGCCCGAUAAUGUGGGUCAGACCGGGAGAACAGAUGAUUCCCGUAGCUGAUAUCCCAAAGUCUCCUUUUAAAAGAAAACGCUCCACCAACGAGGUGAAGAACCUGUUGCAGUCACUUCCCCGGACCAGCGAGCCCAGAGAGAUUCUGUUUGAGGAUCGAACUCGAGCUCACGCUGAUCACAUCGGACAGGGAUUUGAGCGCCAGACGACGGCCGCCGUGGGCGUGCUGAAGGCCGUCUGCUCCGAAGAAAGUGCCGAGCCUCCUCGUGUAACCAAAGAUGUCGUGUGUUUCCAUGCUGCUGAUUUCCCCUACGUGGUUCAGAGGCUGCAGCUGGACUUGCAUGAACCUCCACUAUCACAGUGUGUGCAGUGGGUGGAUGAUGCCAAGCUGAACCAGCUACGGCGGGAGGGCAUUCGCUACGCCCGCAUCCGCCUUUGCCACAAUGACAUCUACUUCAUCCCCCGCAAUGUGAUCCACCAGUUCAAGACGGUGUCUUCCGUCUGCAGCCUGGCGUGGCAUGUGCGCCUCCUGCAGUACCACCAAGGAGAGGGAAAGCAGGAGGAAGAGGAGGAACCAUCUGAUCUUAAGGAAAAGCAAACUGAAACAGUGGUUCUGGUGAAGAGAGAGGAGGAGGAGGAGGAGGAGCAGAAAGGAGAAAAGAAGGGUGAGAGAGGAGUAAAAGAGGAGAAUGAGGAGGUGGAUGUGGCAGAGAAAAGGACAUUGCAGACAGUUAAAAUGGAGGAGCAUGAUGAUCCACCUUCGUCUGACCCUGUUGUUCCUGUGACCUCAGUCGUUAGGAGUGCAGGAGGCAAAGAGGAGGUGAAGGAGAAUGCAAAAGGAGAAAAACCCAAACAUCAAGAGUCACCUGCAAAGAUGAAAGCAGAACCUCCAACGUCUCCCUGCAAGAACAAAUCACCUCCUCUUCUCACCUCCCCUCCUGCUUUUUCUUCUCUUCAUAAGGACCCAAAACCCAAAGCCUCGUCUAAACUACCUCCUCCUCCUCCUCCUCAUCAUCACCAGCGACACUACCACCACCACCAUCAUCAUCAUCACUCAGACAGGACAGUGUCUUCCAGUAAACCUUUUUCCUCUUCACCUUCCAAACUGUCUUCUUCUCCUCCUCAUUCCAGGUCUUCCUCCUCCACAACUUGUUUGCCUUCUACAGGAUCUGCUGUCACUUUACUUUCUUCCCCAGCAGCCCCUCACUCCUCCUCUACCUCUUCACCGUCCACUGUUAUGUCCUCAUCUUCCUCAGUGUAUUCUUCUUCUUCUUCGGUGGUUCCCAAGCCAGCAGGUCCUUCCUCCUGCCACCUGCCCCCUGCCUCUCAGUCAGAGCACCAAAGGGACUCGCUCCACAUGAAGCCCAAUGUCCUGUCAGAGAGACUGACUUCGAUUCAGUCGGCGGUUCAGUCCUCACAGGAGGAGGUGCAGAGCAGCUCUUGGACACACUCGGUGACCGACACACGCGAGCGAGCUCUGGCAGACACGCGGACACACGUGCUCUCAGACAUGUGGACUUGCAGUUCUGACUCGGACUCCAGGACGUGUGUGGAUCUGCAAAUACGUUCUCCGCAGAACGCCAGUAGACAAGGAAUUUACAUGCAGCAAUACACACCACAGCACCUCCCCCCUCCUCCCCACCUCCCUCAGAUGCUUCCCCCUCCUUUCCCUCCUCUCCUGUCCCACCCUCACCUUCCACACAGACCCCCCCUCCUCCCGCCAAACCCCCUCUCCGGUCCCGAGCCCCAGACUCUGAACUCGUUCCUCGGACCGCCUGUGCCUCCACACUCGGUUCACAUGAGCCACCUGCACCAACCCAACAUCACCACACAGGCCCAGAACUACUUUCAGCCCUCCCUUCUUGCCCCGUCCUCUCAGCCCAACACCCCCCCUCAGCCUCUGUUGCCUCAUCUGCCCUACCAACAUCAGUUUUCCAAACCCUUCUUCCCCCCUCAGCCCCCCAGCUUUGCCUCUCACCCGUUCCUCCCCCGUCAGUCUUACCUUCCACAGCCACCAGGCUCUUACCCACUGCAACCACAAUACCAAACAUCUGCACCAGUACAGACUCCACUACCCCUCACACAGGCUUUUCCUCCCCCUCCUCCUCCCCCUUCCUCCUCACCGCCUCCCCCUCUCCCGCCUCCCCCUCUGCCUCAAUCCUCUCCUAUGUAACCCCCUCCUCCCCGGCAUGAAGAGCAGCAAAAGCAGAUUUUAUAGUAGUAUUUGUAUGUACCAAUGCUCAUUUUAAAUGACUGUAAAUGUAUGGGCUUUUAUUUUGGUGGUCUUGUAAAAUUGUGUAUAAAGGAAGUAAACAGAAGGAAGUUAAGAAGUGUCGGUAUGGGUACAAUGUCAUUAUUAUACAGAGUUGAACUAAUAUAUCCCAGACCGCUGGACUGAACUGGUUUAGAUUGUACCGGCGCUUUGUGCAGAAGCAGAACGUUGUUCCGUUUUAUCACAGGUGGUUUCAGACCAGCAGUCGGUGAAGUGUGCGCAGACGUUAGCUCCAGAUUACCAAGGCUCAUGGUUGGAACGAGUGGCCCGGCAGGCCAAACUACUGUUUGGUUUUGUGUUUUCUAGGUGAUCAGAACAUUGAGCUGUCAGAUGUAGGAAGAAAACAAGAACUUUUAUUCAGAUUUGUGUUAUUUAUUAAACAAAACAGUCUUAGGAAAGAUCUGUUUGUGAAACCUGCAGCUAAUGCUUCCAUUUUUGUGGCUUUUUUAAACGUUGUUCUUGUUGCCCACAGAUUGAGGGCCACACGGUCGUACUAUCUACUGUAUUUUAUUAAUACAUCUUAAUCAGUACAGACAAUGGCAGGACUUUUCCUUCAUAUUGUAUUCAGAGCAAUGAUGCUCGGCAAUAAUCCGCUGAAAAUAAAAGUCCUCUGUAUUAUUUUUUUAUUUGUUCCGUUUUAAGAUGACAAUGGGAAUCAUUAACAAAGAGUGCAAUUAAUAGCUGUCUAAAUGACUUCUCUAUUUGUUUCCAGUGUUAAAAAUCAAAAGGAGACUCUCUGUUAUUGUAAAUUCCCACUUAGACGGUGAGUACUGUGUUCAGUCAGGCCAAUGAACAGCCUCAUUUAUAAAUACUGUUCUUUAUACUUGUUAUUAUCUCCGUCGGUGGCAGAGCUCUCUUGGUUGAUGUCUGUCUUGUAUCUGUUGGCUGUGUAACAAACGCUUCCCAGUUUUAGAAACCAAACAUUUGCUUUGGAGCUUAAAACAAGGAUCCAACCUGGACAAGGCUGUUAAAGACCAGCUUUCAGAGUCUCAGGAAAACACGUUCAGGUCACAUCUGCAAAUAUCCAUUGCACGGUUUUCAGUUUCAGGUAGUUGUUGCAGUUAAUUAUCUAACAUAGUUUCAGCACAUGUGGCUAUUUUAACGUUCAACUUAUGAUCUUACAUCACCUGGACACAAAUACCAGAAUUCAGAGAGCAAUACAGUCACAGUUGGUAACGGCGUUCAAUUAUGACAGUUUACAGCACUUUUUAUCCUCCAUAUCCACGUCUGUGUGUAUACAGGUGAUGUUAAUGAAGAAAUAGUCGUAAUUAUUUUAGAUGAUCAAUUUCUGAUUCUUCCAAGACUUGUAAGUCCUCUGUCUCAACACGUGGUGUAAGACACUAAACAUAAAAGGUUCAGCGAUCACUCCCAAAGCACUUUUUAUUUACCUAAAGUCCAGUUUUACACAAGUGUUCUGCAUCAUGUCUAAUAAAUGCUUAUUUUCUAACCAGGAACUAACUUGUAAUUUUAAGAUGUAAUAGUUUAUUGAAGGUCCUUUGUAAGUAUGAAGAGAGUUUGCUUCUCCGGUGAUCUGUCUCAGUGCAUGCCUCUCAGCUGAGGAAGCUUUUUGUCAACAUUGGAACGCAGCCCACUUACUAAUGUAGCCCACAGCAUUUCCCCAGUGCCUGUCCUUCCACCGUGGCCCAGAGACACGCAGCGCUGAGAGUUCUGUCCUUUCAGGAGUUUUAGGUUCUCGUCGGAAGAUGAGAGGAAAGCCUUAAAAUUGGUCCUCAAAUCAGCUGGAAAAUCCUCCAGAAAUCUGCAGUUUAACUACAGACAAAUUUGAGGGGUCAUAUCCCAAAAACAGAGUCGUAUUUCGCCUAAAAAACAUGAUGAAACAUGACAAAUAUCGCCUUACAUUUUUUCUGCCUCCAACAACUCCCGUCUCAGAGACAGAACUCCUCUCUGUGUGGCUCUGAGGACGCGGGGGUGAUGAUUAAGGACUUGAUACCACUUUAUAAGGCGCUCUGCAGCUCUUUUUUAUGCUUUUGAGUUUUAGAUGAAACAUGACAAGAACUUUGAUUUUGUCUUGUACAAAUGUGACGAAAGCUAUUGUUGACAACAGAAGUCUUCAGAGGCUUGUGGUGUUUUCAGACUUUAUUUAUCUCAAGUUUGGUUUUUAUUUUUGCAUUUUAGUUAUUUUUAACUGUCAGCACUGUAGUGUACAUAAGACGUUUUGUAAAGAGGAAAACAACUUGUAGUGUGGUUUCUACUUUAAAUAUGAGCCUAACUAAUAAAAGGUUCACUGUAUGAAAA